AGCUGCGCACGAGGCCAGCGGCGGGGUCGGUGCCGUUGAGGGUUCCCGCCACUGCUGCUGGCGGAUUUGCGGGGCAAAAUUUCUCGCUGGCUGGCCUUCUUUUCCCUCCCGCACUUUGGUGGGGAGGGGGUGGAUCCUCGUUUCGGUGCCCAAGUUCACGAUGACCCGAGAGAACUCGAGGAAGUUGUCGCCGCGGCCAUUUCCCCCAGUGCCGCAACUUGCUGGCCUUGGAGGGGGAGGAGCGCCGAGGCAGUGACUGCGACGGUUAGCCCGCCCGUUCCUGCUGUCUUCCUUUGCAAAAUAGAUGCUAGAUCUCGAGGUUGACUCAAGGGGAGGAGCCAGUGAGGGCACAUUGCUUUGGAGGAGAAGUUUAAUAAACUCUCUAGUGCUGGAAGUUUUAGCAAACGGAGGAGACUUCAGACCCGACAACAGUCCCCUUCUAGGUGCUUCCGUAACACGUGCGGAAUUUAUUGCUAGUUAGAAUUUGAGGCUUUCUUUGUUGUUUAACUCAAUGCAUCACUAAUUGUUAAUAAUGAACUUAGAUGUUGCCUCUACCUGAGCCUUGCUAUUGCUAACAUUAAAAUAUUUUGUAGGCCUGGCGCGGUGGCUCACGCCUGUAAUCCCAACACAUUGGGAAGCUGAGGCGAGCGGAUCACGAGGUCAGGAGAUCGAGACCAUCCUGUCCAACAUGCAAACAUCAGACCAGAUGCAAACAGAUUCAUUAUCUCCAUCCCCUAAUCCUGUGUCGCCUGUGCCUUUGAAUAACCCAACAAGUGCCCCAAGAUAUGGAACAGUGAUCCCUAAUCGCAUCUUUGUAGGAGGAAUUGACUUUAAGACAAAUGAAAGUGAUUUAAGAAAAUUUUUUUCCCAGUAUGGGUCUGUGAAAGAAGUGAAGAUUGUAAAUGACAGAGCUGGAGUAUCCAAAGGGUAUGGUUUCGUCACUUUUGAAACACAAGAAGAUGCACAAAAAAUUUUACAAGAGGCUGAAAAACUUAAUUACAAGGAUAAGAAGCUGAACAUUGGUCCAGCAAUAAGAAAACAACAAGUAGGGAUCCCUCGUUCUAGUAUAAUGCCAGCAGCUGGAACAAUGUAUCUAACAACUUCAACUGGAUAUCCUUAUACUUACCAUAAUGGCGUUGCUUAUUUUCAUACUCCAGAAGUAACUUCUGUCCCACCACCUUGGUCUUCACGUUCUGUAUGUAGCUCCCCUGUGAUGGUAGCUCAGCCCAUUUAUCAGCAACCUGCAUAUCACUACCAGGCCACCACACAGUAUUUACCAGGACAGUGGCAGUGGAGUGUUCCUCAGCCUCCUGCCUCUUCUGCUCCCUUCUUAUACCUGCAACCUUCUGAGGUUAUUUAUCAACCAGUGGAAAUUGCACAGGAUGGUGGAUGUGUUCCUCCUCCACUGUCUCUGAUGGAAACUUCAGUUCCAGAGCCUUAUUCUGACCAUGGAGUUCAAGCAACAUAUCACCAGGUUUAUGCUCCAAGUGCCAUCAGUAUGCCUGCGCCUGUGAUGCAGCCUGAACCAAUUAAAACAGUGUGGAGCAUUCAUUAUUAAGACAAUUGGGCAGCUCUAGUCCAGCUCAACUGAUUUCUUGUCCAAUGAUCCUUGUGUGGCCGAGAUCCAGCUUCAACGAACCAGCUAGAAGCUGCCCGUUGUGAAACUUAGUGCUAGUUAAUACCUCACCAUACUCAGUUAUUCCACUAUAAGCUGUCUAAAUUUGAUGAAAUUUGCUUUUUCAGCUGUUCUACAAAAUUAUUUAGGUAGAUGUGGCAUGUUGGUUUUUUAUGUGCUAAUCUAACUGUAAUGACUUUUUCUACAACAUGUUUUAUCCAUUCCAUAAAUAAUAACCUCAUUGGGAAUAGUGAGGUGUCUUUUAUUUUCUCUGCUUUGUGUUAUUUUUUCUUAUCAAACUAUUAGAUGUUAUGUUUCAUAUUAUUUGAUAUUUAUUUUCAUAUUUAGGAUAAGAAUCAUUUUUAAUUAUAAUACUUUUAAUACUUUCAUAUAUUUUACAACAGUAUACUAUUUAAUCUUAAUGACUUAAUUCUAUUUUUGCUUUGCUGUUUUGUCAUUUAAUAUGCUUUUGUCUAAUUUUUCAUUCAGUUGUUACUGUUACUCCUUAUUUAAUUUUGCAUCUGCCAUGGUUUUCAGAAUCUGAAUAGUAUUUAUACUUCUUUUUUUAUAACAUUUUCCAAAUAUUAGAAAUACCAUCAACAUGAUCAAUAUUCUUGCCUUUUCAUGUAAUUUGACCAUAUUAAAUUUUUUCUUCAAUGUUUGAGACAACAUUGAAAUAUUCCUAUAACAUAACUUAUUUGGUAUCAAAUUUUAUAAAAUAUGGAUCCACCUUUGGAAUUUUGAUAAAAGAAGGGUUCAUCUCUGACAUGAUCCCAUAACAUUGACUGAAAUUCCACCAAAUUAAUGUUCUUUGAAUGCUUUAAUCCUUAAACCUUUUCUUCUUAUAUGCAACCAAUAUAUUCAAUUAUAUAUAUGAUUAAUUUUUAAAAGGACAAUUGUUUUCAUAAAAUGCAAAACUAUUUUUACACCAAAGGAAAAUUUUAGAUCCUGAUUCUAAAUCCAAUUUUUACUAUGAAAUUGGAAAAUAGAUGGGAUGGGGAGUCAUUCAUUGUUCAAAAGGUACAGAACAAAUCAUAGGGGUUUUUAAUCUCUAAAAUUUCUACAGUAGUACAGGAAAUAUUCCUCUUUACAUUCAUUUGCAGUUCUUUCACUGACCUCCUAAUUUUAGGUGGAGGGGGCAGGCGAGCCAUAAAAGUUGGUAUUCCCCUGAUAAAUCUAUCUCUUUCCUCUCCUGUUUCAACCCCAAAUGUAUUUCAUGCUCAGCAGCAGAAGAAGAAAUAAUAGGAUAUGGAUCACAAAGGUUUUUCUGGUGAGUCAAACAGGGUGUUUUCUUUUGAAACCGUAAUGAAUAUGUUUGCCGUCAAAUGGUUUCAUGAGAACAGUAGAACCUUAUGAAUGUAUACUAGCAUACAAGGAUCUCAAGUACAUUAAUUAUUCUCAGUUUUAGGAAUGUAAAUAGAUUAAGUCCCACAAUGAAAUUUCAAAACUUUUUGUUCUGUAAGUAAAAAAUUACUAACCACUGAUGUUCAAGAUUUUCUUUUAAUAGCACUAUCCUUGAGAACCAAAAAGUUUAUGUUUUGAUUUUCAAAUGUUAAACAAGAUGCUAAACAAAUCCUGGACUGUUAAUAAAAAUUAAUGGUGUAUUAUUAGA